CUGGUAAAUGCGGCUUUCUCGAGAAGCCUCUCGCUGUCGCAUCGACAUUUACAGGAGGAGAAACGGUUAUUUCCCAGUUUCUGGCACCACUGGAGCGCUGCAGAAACCCCACCCAUCUGGAAUUGAGUCCCUGGAGCUUCGGAGGGAGGGAGGUCGGUCGGAGCGGCCCGCAGUAACACGCCCCUCUAUAGCCGUCCUGCCGCGGCCCCUUCUCCCACUCCCAGCUAACAGCUAACAGCUAACCUUCGUCCAGCGACGGAGCAGAAAUGUCGAGUGGUGGUGAGCAGGAAUUCUCUCUGAGUACUGCACUUCAGGCGGUUUCCCAGCAGGGGGAGUCCCAAGCUGUUGAGCUAGAGGAAAAACGCCAUGCUCUCAAUGCAGUACAGGCCACUUUAUCAGAGGUUGUAAAGAGCUACGAGGCUGUGGCCAAGGACAUAAAACUGAAGGAGCGACAAAUCACUGGCAUCACCUGUGAGACUGAGCAGAUUCAUAGCCAUAACGAGACACAAGAAGCACAGUUAAAAGCCAUCUUAAUGGAAAACAUGAGACUCAAACAUAGCACUGAAGAACAGCUGGAGAACUCCCACUUCUUGCUAGCUAGAUACAACACAUGCCGCAAUAAAAUGGAGACUUACAAAAUGUCUGUUGCCGAGAUGGAGAGCCAGGUACCUGUUCGUAAGGAGCUGGUGGAGAAGAUGGAAGAGGUGAAGAGACUUAAGGAUUGCAAGGAGGGGCUGAGGAUUGAUUUACAGAAUCCAGAGGGCAAUGCUGUUCAGCAGGCUCAGAAAGAAAUUGAUCAUAUUAAGGCCAAGAUACAUUGCUCAAAAGAGAUGGUGAGGGAAAAAAUUGUACUUUUGGAGAAGGAGAAAGAGACUCAUUCACAACUGAGAAAGGAUAUAGAGAUUCACAACAGAAGAUGUGAGGCCAUUGUCAAGAGACUCUGCUGCCAGCUGAACAAAGCUCAGUCCAGCCACCGACAGCUAAGCAGUGACAUCUCACAAAUGGAGAUAGAGGUGAAACAUCUUAGGAACCAGUUACAGGUAUCUCGUCCCAUGUAGAACCAAACCAGGGAUGGCCGUAUAUGAAUGUGGUAGCGUUUGAGGUGAUGUAACACUUUGCUCACUAAUGUUCUUGAGUUCUUUGGCACAUAUUAGUUGUAUGAAUGUUUUAGCUAGAACAUUUAGUUAUUUUGUUUGAUGUGAAUUUGUGAAUAAUACCUUCGUGCCGCACCAUUCAUGAUCUGAACAGUUGAGGGCAGCACUUUCAACCAGAUGUUCAGGGAUAGGUUCAGCAAAGCUUGCUGGUCACUGUGUUCAUUGCCAUUGAAAUAUAAAGAUUUAAAGACAAGUAAGUGCCUCAUUAAUUAAACACAAUCAUUUUCAACAAGGUUAAACUAAUUCUGAGCCUUCCUUUCUUUUUGGUAUUAGUAUAAGCAACACUUUUAGGUCUGUCAAGUGUUUAUAUAUGUUUCAUAUGCAUUUCAUAUCUUACGUUGCUUCUGUUGAGUUGCUGUACAAUGUCAGACUCGAAACAAAAGUUUUAUCUUUCAGUGAGAAUUAUCUGUUUGGGAAUCAUGUUUUUUUUCUUACUAAUAAAGAAAUAUUGACUUGA